UCUGCUGUGUAACCUGAGGGAGUCACGCCCCCUCUCUGAACAGGUCUGCCCUCCCCUCAGUAGGAACUUAGACGCAGGUCAGGCUGUGGGCCAAUCAGGAGCGCGUUAAAUAGCCUCGACCUCGGUAGACAGUUUGUCACCUUUCCGCCACACUGAAAGCGGGAGGAGCGCCGUGUGGAGCUGAACGAGCAGCACGGUCUCUCUGGGCUUCUGGAAAGAACAGGUGACCAGGACCAGGCCAGGCGAUUUCUAAAUUCCUUCCAGCGCCAGAAAGAACCCUGGAACUUCUUCGUGGUCCAACUCCGCUCCGAACUCCCCAGGUCACCUCCCUCCCUCCUGCCCCUGGAGGGCGCCGUCCCUUUAAGUCUAGGUCGGCCGCAGCCCGGGCCAAUCACGCAGAACCGAAGUUCUUUAAGGACCAAAGGAGGGAAUUCAGCCGGAGCGGGAGGGCGGGGCAGGGGCGUGCCAUCCAGCCAAUCGGAAUCUCCCUGGCGACUAGUGACUCACGUGUAAAGCUCCGCUGACCAAUGGCAGGGCCGCCGGGAGGCGGGGCGCUCCCGCUGUGUGACAGCUGUCUGGACCAAUGGGCAUGUCGCCCGCGGCCUAUAAGAGUCCGCUGGGCCCCUGGCUACGGGCUCUAGGGUCGGUUGGUCGUCGCCGUCGGAGGUGUGCCCCGAGUUUGCCUCGCCGUCGCUGCCACCCGGUCCCUGCAGCCGCGCCCCUCGCCUUGGCCCAGGCGCUCUCCCCGCCCGUCUCCCCUUGGUCACCCCCCACCCCCCGGUUUCUGCCGUCGGGGCCCCGGGGCUGGGCUAAUGAUGCCGUCGGAGAGUGGAGCUGAGAGCCGGGACCAGGCAGCCGCGCAGGUGGGGACGGCUGCGGCCUCGGCGGUGGCCACGGCCGCCCCGGCAGGCGGCGGCCCCGACCCGGAGGCCUCCUCGGCCUCCCUCGGACGGCACCUGAGUGGGCUGGGCUGGCCACAGGUGAAGCGACUGGACGCGCUCCUGAGCGAACCCAUUCCCAUUCACGGGCGCGGCAACUUCCCCACUCUGAGCGUGCAGCCCCGGCAGAUUGUGCAGGUGGUCCGCAGCAGCCUGGAGGAGCAGGGACUACGCGUGCAUGGGGUGCGGUUACACGGCUCAGCUGCCAGCCAUGUGCUGCACCCAGAGAGUGGCCUGGGCUACAAGGACCUGGACCUGGUGUUCCGUGUGGACCUGCAUGGGGAGGCGUCUUUCCAGCUGGUCAAGGAGGUAGUGCUGGCCUGCCUGCUGGACUUCCUGCCAGCCGGUGUGAACCGAGCCAAGAUCACUCCACUGACACUCAAGGAGGCAUACGUGCAGAAGCUGGUGAAAGUGUGUACCGACACGGACCGCUGGAGCCUCAUCUCGCUGUCCAACAAGAGUGGCAAGAACGUGGAGCUCAAGUUCGUGGACUCGGUCAGGCGCCAGUUUGAGUUCAGUGUAGACUCCUUCCAGAUCAUCCUGGACUCCCUGCUGCUGUUCGGCCAGUGCUCAUCCACCCCCAUGUCUGAGGCCUUCCACCCAACGGUGACAGGCGAGAGCUUGUAUGGGGACUUUGCCGAGGCCCUGGACCACCUGCGGCACCGUGUCAUCGCCACGCGCAGCCCCGAGGAGAUUCGUGGCGGUGGCCUCCUCAAGUACUGCCACCUCCUGGUGCGGGGCUUCAGGCCAAGGCCCAGCACUGACGUACGUGCCCUGCAACGUUACAUGUGCUCCCGCUUCUUCAUCGACUUCCCGGACCUGGUAGAGCAGCAGCGCACACUGGAGCGCUACCUGGAGGCCCACUUCAGCGGGGCCGACUCAGCCCGCCGCUACGCCUGCCUGGUGACGCUACACCGCGUGGUCAAUGAGAGCACCGUGUGCCUCAUGAGCCAUGAGCGUCGCCAGACGCUGGACCUCAUCGCCACCCUGGCGCUCCAGGCGCUGGCUGAGCAGGGCCCGGCCACAGCGGCCGCCCUGGCCUGGCACCCCUCGGGCCCCGACGGGGUUGUGCCCACCACCGUGAGUUACUAUGUGACUCCUGUGCAGCCCCUGCUGGCUCGGGCCCACUCCUACCCCACCUGGCUGCCUUGUAACUGACUCAGACCCUGGCCAGAAAGUACUGGGCCCACGCUGAUGGAGCAGGGCCUCCAGGAGUGUGCAGAGGAUGCCACCAGAAACAGGCAGCCUGUGCCGAGUGGCCCAGCACUGCUGCAAGGUUGGGCCUUUGACUGAACACACUGGACCCCACUCAUCCCCAAGUGAGGCCCCCUGGGCUUAAGGCCAAGCUGAGGUUCUUGAUUGGCCUUUGGGUUAUUGCACCCCACUUUGGAGCAGCAUAACUGUGGGGUGUGGGGGCUCUUUGUCUUGGGGGUCAAUUGCCUUCAGGAGACAAAACCUGUUUGGGGUGAUAGCCUCAAUGCUCAUCAUCUUAGGUCAAUUUCUGUGGCCUAGAAAGGGUCUUUUUGGGUAAAGCCAGCCCAUAGUGAUCCCAGCAGCCUCUGAAGACCUACAGCCCACACAAUAGCUAAAAUAUGGUAUGUUAUACAAACUACUCACUUUGGAUUGAGCCAGGCCCCUAAGAGGGCCUGGCGAUCCAACCUGAUUAAUCACUGGGAGGAGGGAAACUGAGGCAGGAGGCAGCUACCUGGGUUUGCAGAGGGAUAAGUUUAGCCCAGUUUGCAAACACCCCUACCCCAAGCUGUCAAGGUUUGUGGUGAGCAAGAGCCAAGCUGCCAGGGGUGGGACACAGCCCAUGCCCCUUCUGGGCUGUUGCCCUCUUCGUCUGUGUUGUGAGGAUCCCUCUGCCUAGAAGCUUGUUCUUCAAAGGGUGCUGGGCCCAGAAUGGCCACAGUCAAGUGCUCCCACCCUACUGGCCUGGUUACAGGGUCUGCACUUGGAGGAAGGGAACCAUGCCCCACCAUCCCUCUGGAUUUGUCACCAUUUUGCACUCUUAACACCUGCCAAUAAAGAUUGUCUACACUAAACCUAGCACCUGAUUUCUCCUGGGAGAAGGACUUUCCCUGGCAGUGGGGGCUCUGGCUGCCUCUCCCAGUCUGUGUCUGGCUUGUGUUGUGGGCAGGGACAUUUAGGUGGGUUGUUGUCUGAAUCCUGGGGUGUGGCUGAGGGUUUGCAUUUGCUUCCCUCAACCCCAGCCCCGGCUGGAGGACUAUGCCAGGAGCUCUCAUCUAGAACAUGUGACUUAUACCUGCUAAUUGCCUCAGCAAGUCUCUUGUUAAAGAGUAAAUUUGUCAGUAUUUCCUCCCUGGAGUCCUGAUGACCCUGGAUUUGGCCUCACACUCCAGGGCUAGGGCUGCUUGACUCCAGCUCUGCCCACCCAACCCUACUCCUUCUCAGGAGGCUGGUAGACAAGCUGAGUGAGUUUGAAUUGGAGACCCCUUCAGACUGGGGGUCUUCUAACAUCUUCCAGAAUGAGAGCUCAGGUUUGGCCUCCCUACCUGAGAAAGGGGUUCCAUCAGUUCUCUGGCUCCCUCUCUAACUGCCAAGCACUGAUAGGCACACUCUGGCCUGCCCUAAACAGGUCUCCUAGAGGGACAGGGUCUCUCCUUUUCAAAUCCAGCCAGGGCCCUGUCAGGCUCUCGGGGAGCUAUUCCCUCAGGGCAUCACCCAGUCACUGGCCUGGACGCUGCCCACUGUUUACCCAGCCCCUUUGAUCCAGGGAUUGCAAAGCCCUUAACAUAUUCAGCCUCAUUAGUGGUUUCUGAAGUGGUGGCUUUGAUGGUUUCAGCCAGGGUAAAAAAAAAAAAAAAAAAAAAAAA